GAUAGUGGCCUCACACAACUGCGAAGAACAAGUGAGACCAUUUGUGCUUUAGACAACAGCUCGUACAAGAAUCUGAACCACCAUGCUUGCAAUUUCUCUCGUGUCACGUGCCCGUUCCAUGACGUUGGCAUGUCCGACUUUGCAGCCCAUCAGACACAUCUCGUUUCUCAAACGGCUUCUCGUGUUGAAUGACAAUACCGAUUCCGAUUCUUCAGAAAAAAUAUAUCCCUGGGACGAGUCUCCGUAUGAAGACUUGAGGACCAGGGCCGCCUACAUCCGUUCCACCGCUUUAUGUCCCGUAACAGAAAAACCUGUCGAUUACGUUUGUCCCAUAUCAGGAAUUCCUACUCACCAUGAUCAUCAGGCGUGGGCAAAUGAUACCGAAUACCACAGCAAGGAGAAAUAUGAGUUGUUGAAGAAAGUAAACCUUUAUGAACACGACUUGAGAUCCGGCCGGGUAUUUGAUGAGUUUGUGUUUCCUGGAGCCCAAGAACAUGACUUCAUGACCAGUUUGAGUAACUGGGAUUCGUUUUUCUACACCAGAGACUUCAAUCCUAUGAACACGGAAUUUAACAUGGCAGCUGCCACCAAGGUGUUGACAUAUCCUAUCACCAUUGCGUCGGUGUUGCACAGAUUGACUCCCUAUUUCUUACAGCCCAAAGGACCUUUAUCGUUGGAAGGGUUGAAGUCAGUUGCAGCGUUGAAGUAUUCGCUCUACCCUCCGUACCAAAAACAUGAAGGUGCUAACGUCUACAAAGAAAGACCCAUCAGAAUUUUCAUUGUGGGGGCCAAAAUGGAGGCGAUGUUGCCUGGAUACGUGUGGAAACAAUUUGGAUACUUGUUUCCCGAAAGUAAAUUCGAAUUCCAUUUCAUUGGUCCCGAAUGCUACUUUGACAGAGCCACCAAGAGUUUUUCUGCCACCAAUGAACCCAACGGCAGGGCAUUAGUCGAAAGAUAUGAUGAACAGAUCACCUUACAUUACCAUACCAUGUACUUCCAUGAGUUGUAUAAUUUCGGUGACUUGUUCCCAUUUGACCCAUACUUAGAUGUGUUUUUCAUGUUCCACCCUGGCUUCCAGACUCCAGACAAGCCACACUGGGACAAGUCGUUGAAAGGAUUGUUGGAAUCCAAGUGUGCUGUGUACGUGACUGGAUACCAUCAAACCGACACAUUAAGAGAACGGGCGUGGUUAUUGAACCAUCCAUUGGCGGAAGAAAUGGACAUCUUAAUGGAUCAGACCCAGAAUGUGUUUGGGUCUACCAAGAUUGAUUUGGUUGACUCUAACCCCACCGAAACUUUCCAGGCCAACGAUGAGAUCUUUGCAUUCAGAGGAAAAAGAUACCAUGCCAUCAAGAAGUAACUUGUAUUAAAAACAUGUAAAUAGCUCCACCGUACUGUAACUAGCAUACAUAUAUGUGAUUUAGAAAUGGGUUUUUGUAGUCGCGCACAGAUUGCCAUCACUAAUACCAGCUAAUCACUAAAAUGAAUACUCCGUUUACACUUCAGCUUGAGGUUCAGGAGAUCAAUUAUACGUCGGUAACGCCUUUAUUGGGUCGGGACACAUACGAUGUACGAGUGACCCUUCGAAACACGGUCCAGGACGUGAUACAUCUGAUCUGGUCUCGCUCACCUAACUUUCAGCUAAAACCUCCAUUUCUCUCCAUAAGAGACCAGUCCAGCUCCUGGAUACCAGGCUCUCCUUUCAGUGAUAUUCUUCACACAGAAGAAGCUCCCACAGCUCCGGUCACCUCCUUUAAGUUAGUGAUAGACUAUACGCUUUUCCAUUCCCGGUCUAUUCCUGCUCGAGAUCCUGUUGAAGAGUUGUUUGAAAUCCUAAUUCAAUGGGACGAUACCCAGGGACAUACCAAUACGAUCGCCAUCCGCGAGUCGUUGGACUGUAAGGUGAGCGACUUGAAAGACUACGUUGCCCAGGAGCGGAAUAAGAGUUUUCCCAAUGAGCCUCCGGUGGAUGGUAGUUACUUUAACUUGAGAUAUUGGGCUGAUGAUGAGGUUGUUGGUGACGACAGCUUGACAGUGUCAGACAUCAUGUGCCUUGAUGUUACACCCAAGGAAUCGGUUUUGUUUGAGUUGCUGUAUGAUCUCGGACUGGUCGAUUCUGAGUCGGAACCGGAGUUAGAGUCUUCAAGCACCCGAUUCUUUAUCAACAUACGCUCAGAUGUGCCCACUUUGCAGAACGAGUCAAGUUUGUUUGAAGUCAACCUGCACACCACUUUGAGAGACUUUGUGAACCAGGUGAUAGAAAGAGCUGAUAAUUUCCAGGUGAGGAGGACGUUUUUCGAUCAGGUCAAGUUGAAGUACUCUGGAAUUCUUCUUACGGUUCCUGAAAACUAUGGCCACACGUUAUUGGAGCUUUUGGGCUUGAACGAGGAGACACUUGCGGCAAUGAGGAAUGUUGUGGUAUUGGAUUUGGCUGUGCAUAACCAUUUGAGUGGAGUUGAAGGUGGGAUAUUGAGUAGGCAGUUUUGGAACGACUUACGAAGCGAAGACCGAUUCCAGUUUUAUCCUACUAUAAUGGACGACCUUACACCUUUGAACGACAUAGGUGUCGAUGAGGGACUGACUAUGGCAGUUGCUCCGGUGAGACCUUUUAGAAUUGUCACGGAUGGAGGAGAUCAAUGGGGGUUGACAGGUGAUACUUUUGAAAUGGUGGAGUCUGAAGAUUUGGGGAAUGGGACCAAGAGAAUUCUAGUUGAUCAAGGAAGUUAUUCAACGGUGGACUAUGAGUUUUCCUUGACUUUACCAGGGGAAACCUCACCUAUAACUGUGGCCCUCAAUUCUUCUCAGUGCAUAGUGGUUUCGAAUUCGAUUCAUCAACCAUAUGUACUAGUAAAUCCUGCUGGAAUUGCCAAACUCAACCGGUUUUUUGGGUCGACUAUUGAACCUGCCCAAGUUGUUUUAUAUGACUCUACAGUUUAUCCUGCAACGUCUACCGUCAUUCCCGAUGUUGAUGUUGACCACGUGCCGGGUGACGAUAAUGUCCCACAGGAACCCCCAGCUCCACAGAACCAACAAGAUGUGCGUGCCAAUGUCCAGGUAAUCAACAGAAGACAGUUGAUGAGAAUGCUUUUCAGGUUCUUCGGCAUGAACCAACAUCAAGCGUAUAUGCGGCUACUUAGAAUUGGAUUGUUGGUCUACCUCUUCCAAUUACACUCUUGGGAAUGGACUUUAUGGAAGCGUGUGUUGAUUUUUUCCGGUACGCUUUCAGUGUUGUAUCAUUUAUUAAUCAAAAGCGGACAAACCGCUGAGAGGAUCCGGUAUUUUGCAUCCAGAAUUAAUUUUGGCCAUCAGUGGCCUCGGGUUGACGCAAUUGUACUAACGGCUACUGGUGCUCUCUGGAGUGUUGACCGCAGGAGAACUCGCCUUUUACAAAUCAUGAGAACUACAUCGUUGAAGUAUGCGGUUUGGCGUACAAGGGACUAUGAGUACAUCUUGGUCAAGUUCAACAGACAAGAUACAAUUGGAUUUUACAUGAAAGAAACCAUAACGAACGUUGGCAAGGAUAUGAUGCUCUUUGUAAUAACGUUGCUUCCAUCAAUGGUUCCUCUUGUGAACCUGGAGAUGGAGAAGUACAGAGAGCUGGAGAAUGAUAAUUUGGAGCGGGAAAUCAUGGACUUAUACGGGCGGUUCGAGAAGAACAGAGAGUUGUACGAGGCGAAAACUGGCGAGGAGUUGGGUCUUGAGUUUGACAUUGGAGCGAUUGUAGAGUACAAGGAGAGACGGGAACAGCAGGAACAGGCACAAGAACAGGCACAAGAACAGGUACAAGAACAGGUACAAGAACAGGUACAAGAACAGGCACAAGAACAGGCACAAGAACAAGAACAUGAUCCAGAAACCCCACAACAUGACCCGAUCGAGGACUCCGCUACCGAGACCGAAGUCCAGUACCAGGUAUUUUUAGACCAACUCCUCAGAUUGCAAGCAGUCUACAAUCAAUGCACCUCGAGGCUCAACCAAGUUUCGAACCAGAUUCCAGCCCCAAAUCAGCUUUAGACAUAAGCAGUCCAGCCUUCUUACCCAAAAAUAGAACAUGCCAAAUUCCAGGCACCCGUUCACAGAAGCUGGAUCAAGCUCGAUACGGCCAUGGAAUACCAGCAUAUACUUUCAAGAACAUUAUGUCCAGCUUAAAUAUAUAUUGAAUUGGUCUCAACCAGCGCGGCUACAUACAGGAGGCUCAACUUCACCUGUUUGCACACCACGGGUAUACGAUCCUAAGGCGACCCCUUAGGGCGAUAGACGAGGAGCGGUCUGAAAACUAACAGUCUUCUAAGUAUUCGUAGUCAU